AUUUGUUUAUAUUCUGAAUGUCAAACAGACUGCAUUAAAGGCAUAACAGCAACAACAUAAUAACCAACACAACUACAAUAUGUUGCUCACAAGAAAUUUCAACAUCCUUAAAAAGGCAGUUCUGCCCCAUAAAAACACUUGGCAAGUAUUGGACACUAGAAACUCAGAAGCCGUAGGAGCUAGAUUGCUUUGGGGAUAUGUGGCUAUUGCAUUCAAUCGAGUAGAUCUGGAACGUCAGAGAUUGGUUGGUCCAGAUAGACUAUGCGCCGAAUGGGUGAUUAAAAAUGGAGGUGGCAUUUGUAUUGUUGAUGCACCAAAGCGUUUGAUUAGAGACUAUAACACCCUACCCCCCGAACAUUAUAGAUUUAAAAUUAAAGUAAUUGACGGCUCGGGGGCUUCACUUAUGAAAAUUGGUUUGGAACACUUUAAAGGAUGCAAUCACAUCGAUACGGUUAUCUUUCAUAAGUGCAAACACUUGGAGUCGGAUGGUUUGGACGGAUUGGUGCAUCUGAAGAAUACUUUAAACACUUUGCAGAUAUCCGAAUGUGAUAACAUCAGUGAUGAUGGCCUGGAGGUUAUUGGACAAAUGGAACAUUUAAAAAAUCUUCGCAUAUUUAAUAUGCGUUAUGUAAAAGAUAUCAAUGGUGUUCUGGGGAAACUUAAAAAAUCAUUGCCAAAUUGUCAGAUUGAGACCGAAGAAGCAAAGUGACAGCCGAAGAGUCACCAAUUGGUGCAUAAAGCCUAGUCAUUGUAUUUAUUUUCAUUUGUAUGUAGAGAAUGUAUUCAAUGUGUUUGGAAUAUACUCAGAACGAUUGGUAAUAAGAAACGAAUUAGAGGUUUUAUAUAGAAACAAACGAACGAGCCACUAAAAUGUCCCUCUAAUAUUCUUAAGACUGGUGGUUACUAAGAACAAUCUUUUUGAGAAAUGUUAUUUAUAAUUUUAUUGACAAUAAAGUUAAAAAGUUA